CUAAAUUAUAGGAAAAGUCACGAAGUCGGAUUCUUUCCUGUCCAAGGUUUAUUUUGAUAUAAUGAUCAUCUGAAUCCCCCAGCAAACAGCAGCCUCGGAUGUCAAUGACGCAGGAUACCCUUGGAAGAAUCGACGCAAUGAACGACACUGUGAGCGCCCUGGGCGGCGACUCCAACCUUUGGAAUAAUGAGUAUCUUUGAAUUAUGUUACUGCUUUCUGCAGAAGUUAACCGGGCACAUCCGGCAAUCAGCUGUAUUUAAAUUGUCAUCGCUUAUUUUAUAAAGCAACAAAGAGCAGCUUUUCAGUACGGGAAACAUUGAAACUUUGCCAAGUCGGUAAUCCCACAGUUCUGACACAGAUGUACCAAGAAUGAAAACGUUGAAGGUGGUCUUCGUGCUGUUGUUUCUGAUGGGAACAUUCGCAUUUAAGUCAACGAAAUCUAAGCCUGAUCGUGCACGACGCAAAGUUGUCGUUACGGACACGGGAGGCCAUGUUGACUUCCAGAAGCGGAAACUGAGAGGUACCGAGCAGAAAUAUGUGCAAUUUGAAGAAACUGAGGACCAUGGAGAAAAGCAUGAGCGACGAUCACUAGAAGAUCUAGACCUUUACACCGGAAGUAAAAUGAGAAUGGGUACGGACCCAGCAAAUUACAAAUCUCAAGUUCAUGACGGAGAGCGAGAAAUCUAUGUUCCACGUGUCACGGAAGAUCGGGAGAUUUACACAGGAAGUAAAAGCGCAGGGGGUACCGGCCCUGCAAUACCCAGACGUUCUAAAGUAGAUGAAGGUUCCGGAGACCAAAGUGAAAUGGAUAAACCAGGUAUACAAGAUGGCACAGAAAGCUAUACCAUGGAUACAGGAAAAAUGGAUACUGACUCGAUAUUGUACACGCCUUCGAAAGCAGCUGAAAGUUAUGGAGACGAAAUAAAAAAGCCCGAAAUAGACGAUCCAGAAACCCAUGCAGGAGAUGAAAAUGAAAAAGCAAGUACGCCGGCUGCAGAUUACGCCGACGAAAUGAAACACGGCCAGAAAAACAGGAACGGAAAUUACAACCAGCUAUCGGAAGCGUUUGAGGCCGGAGAUGUUAACGUGGAUCAAGAAGGGACCGGUGGGACCUCUCGCAAAAUGGCGGCAAAGAGCGGCGCAGAGAUAAAAGGACAACAUCCCAGCGGAAAUGAAUCUGAUAGAAAUAAAGUACAAAAUAAAAAACGUAAAGAUGAUACUGCAGGUAAAGCGGAAACACGGCCUGCCAAAGAUAUCCACGGCGCUGGGAACGAAAAUGAAAUGAAGUUCAGAGAAAAAUCUAGUACAGAUCCAGCAUCUACCGUACAGGAGGGGCAUCUAGGCAUAUCGGUGGAUGGAAGAAUUAUAGAAGGUUCAGGUUGGGCCACGGCGGAAGCUCCCGCAAUGUCCGAUGUUCAUGUCAAAGAAGAUAAUGAAAGCAGAAAGAGGUGGAGUAAAUCUACCAGUGACAAUUUCGGAAACGGCGAGGGGAGGAGAUCCAACAAAGUUCACAGCAACUCUUCGGGAAAAAACGACGGCGGAGGCGACAGAAUUGAUGAAGGUCGAAAAAGAAUGCUACUGGAUGAAAAAAGUGACGCUUCUGCUGCGAACAAACCUGUUAUUGAAAACGGAGCAGCGAAAAACUGCCAAAAUAUCGGAAUCCCUCUUGGAAUUGUUGUCCUGUUGAUAAUGGGAGCAACCAUCGGAUGCCUGGGUACUAUCUGCUGUUUUAAAAAGAUAUAUAAUCGGCACGGUUAUCAGCGCUCUGCAGGGGAAAUGUCCACCCCUUCUAGACAUGAAGUCAGGCGACACGACGUAACCAGUAAAGGUCGACGACAAACAUCUCGGAGCAAACAAACAAGCAUAUAUGCUGCGUUCAAAUCCACAGUUGACAUAAAAGAGCAUAGUGCCACCGGAAAUGAAACAGACAGACAAAAAGUACAAGAUACAGCAAUGGAAGAUGCUGUCGACAAUGUGAAAAGAAGUGCUGGCGAAGUUGCGCACCGUGCUGAUAAUAAAGGAUUUGGCGGGAUCACUGACAGAAUAGCGGCAUAUCACCACCCAGAAGCAAAAGAACAACCUGCCAGAGUAAAUGAGUCUUACAAAUAUGCCCUUCAAAACGUAGAACAAGUAGAAGAUAUUGUAGACAAAGAGAAAACAAGACGUACCGAAGAUAAGCACGGUGCGAGUAACGAAAGUGAAGCCGAGGCUACAGAAAUGACCGUUGAAGAUCGAGUAACUGGCUUACGAGAAGAUAAAACUACAACAUCGGAGGACGGGGAAAAGAUUGUUGGAUUUGGCGGGAUUACUUGUAAAAUGGCCGCAGAUCAAGAACCAGAAGCGAAAGAACAACCUAGCGUGAAUGAGUCUGACACAGGUGCCCUGCAAAAUAAAGAAAGAGAAAUAUAUAUUGUUGAGAAAACGAAAACAACAGCUGCCGGAGAUAAGCACGGUGCUGGUAAUGAAUGUGAAGCCGAGCCGACGGAAAUGACCGGUAAAGAUCGGCUAACUGGCUUACGAGAAUCAGGUACAUCGGAGGAUGAAGAAAGGAUCGGUGGAUUUGGCGGGAUUACUUGUAAAAUGGCCGCAGAUCAAGAACCAGAAGCGAAAGAACAACCUGCCAGCGUGAAUGAGUCUGACACAGGUGCUCUGCAAAAUAAAGAAAGAGAAGCAUAUAUUGUUGAGAAAACGAAAACAACAGCUGUCGGAGAUAAGCACGGUGCUGGUAAUGAAUGUGAAGCCGAGGCUACGGAAAUGAUCGGUAAAGAUCGAGUAACUGCCCUAAAAGACGACAGGCCAGGCACAUCGGAGAAUCGGGGAAGAAUAGCUGGAAAUGGCGGGAUCACUUGCAGAAUGGCCGCAGAACAAGAAUCAGAAGUAAAAGAGCAACUUGCCGGCGUGAAUAUGUCUGACAGAAGCACCCUGUACUAUAUAAAAAGAGACGAAGAUAUUGUAGACAAAGAGAAAAAAUCACCUGCCGAAGAUCAGCACGAAGGUCAAGCCCAGGCUACAGAAGUGACCGGUAAAGAUCGGGUAACUGCCGUACGAGACGUCAAGCCAGGCUCAUCGGUGGUUGGGGGAAGGAUCGGAGAAAAUCUUGACAUAGGCAAUGCAUCAGACGGCAAUAUACUACAAGAAAUACAUCCAGAAGAAGACGUCGAAAACGAGAAAAGAGGACGUGUGGAAGUUAAGCACCAUGCUGAUAACGAAGGAUUUGGCGGGAUCACUGACAGAAUAGCGUCAGAUCACGACAGAGAAACAGUAAAACAACCUGCCAGUGUAAAUGAGUCUGACAAAGGUGCGCUACAAAAUACAGAACUAGUAGAAGAUAUUGCAGAAAAAGAGAAAUCAAGAUGCACCGAAGAUAAGCACGGUGCCACGAACGGAAGUGAAACCAAGGCUACAGAAAUGACUAAUAAAGAUCGGGUGAGUGGCUUGAGAGACGAAGAGCCAAAAACAGCGGAGGAUGGGGGAAGAAUUGUUGAUGUGGAAGAGAAUCUUGACACCGACAAUGAAUCAGACGGCAAAAUACCAGAGAGUAUAGCAGCAGGAGGAGAAGCUGUCGACAAAGCGAAAAGAGGACCUGUGGAUGAUGACCACCAUGCUGAUAACGAAGAUGCAGAAGAAAAUCUUGGCACCGGCGAUGGAUCAGACGGCAAUGUACCAGAGAGAAUAGCAACAGGAGGAGAAGCUGUCGACAAUGCGAAAAGAGGACCUGCGGAUGAUGACCACCCUGUUGAUAACGAAGGAAAUGGCGGGAUCACUUGCAGAAUGGCCGCAGAACAAGAAACAGAGGCAAAAGAGCAACUUGCCAGCGUGAAUGUGUCUGACAGAAGAGCUCUGCGAUAUAUAGAAAGAGAGGAAGACGUUGUAAACAAAGAGAAAAAAACACCUGCCGAAGUUAAGCACGAAAGUCAAGCCGAGGCUAAAGAAAUGAGCUGUAAAGAUCGAGUAACUGGCGUACGAGACGACAAAUCAGGCACAUCGGAGGAUGAGCGAAGGAUCGGUGGAUUUGGCGGGAUCACUGACAGAAUAGCAUCAGAUCACGACCCAGAAACAAUAGAACUACCUGACAGCGUAACUGAGUCUGACAAAGGUGCCCUACAAAAUACAGAACUAGUAGAAGAUAUUGUAGCAAAAGAGAAAACAAGACGUACCGAAGAUAAGCACGGUGCCAGUAACGAAAGUGAAGCCGAGGUUACAGAAAUGCUCGAUAACGAUCGGCUAACUGGCUUGCGAGACGAAAAGCCUACAACAUCGGAGCAUGGGGGAAAAAUUGUUGAUGUAGAAGAGAACCUUGACACCGGCAAUGAAUCAGACGGCAAUAUACCAGAGAGAAUAGCAACAGAAGGAGAAUCUGUCGAAAAUGUGAAAGGAGAACCUGCGGAUGUCGAGCACCAUGCUGACAACGAAGAAAUCAAAGAAAAUCUUGACACCGGCAAUGAAUCAGACGGCAAUAUACCAGAGAGAAACACAACAGAUGGAGAAGCUGUCGACAAUGCGAAAAGAGGAGCUGCGGUUGAUGAACACCAUGCUGAUAACGAAAGAUUUGGCGAGAUCACUGACAGAAUAGCGACAGAUCACGACCCAGGAACAAUAGAUCAACUUGCCAGUGUAAAUGAGUCUGACAAAGGUACGAUACAAGAAUCAGAACUAGUAAAAGAUAUUGUCGAAAAAGAGAAAUCAAAACGUACCGAAGAUAAGCACGGAGCCCGUAACGAAAAUGAAGCCGAUACUACAGAAAUAACCGGUAAAGAGCGGGUAACUGGUUUGCGAAACGAAAAGCCUACAGCAUCGGAGGAUGGAGGAAGAAUAGUUGAUCGAAAAGAGAAUCUUGACACCGGCAAUGAGUCAGACGGCAAUAUACCAGAGAGAAUAGCAACAGAAGGAGAAGCUCUCGACAAUGCGAAAAGAGGACCUGCGGAUGUCGAGCGCCAUGCUGACAACGAACAAAUGAAAGAAAAUCUUGACACCGGCAAUGAAUCAGACGGCAAUAUACCAGAGAGAAUAGCAACAGAAGGAGAAGCUGUCGACAAUGCGGAAAGAGGACCUGCGGAUGAUGACCACCAUGUUGAUACCGACGGAUUUCGCGGGAUUACUUGGAAAUUGGCCUCAGAUCACGAAACAGAAGCAAAACAACAACCUGCCAGCGUGAAUGAGUCUGACAAAGUUGCCCUGCAAAAUAUAGAAAGAGAAGAAGCUGUUGUAGACAAAGCGAAAACAGCGGCAGCCGGACAUAAGCACGGUACCGGUAAUGAAUGUGAAGGCGAGGCUACGGACACGAUCAGUAAAGAUGGGGUAACUGGCGAGCGAGACGACAAACCAGGGACAUUGGAGGAUGAGGGAAGGAUCGGUGAAAUAAAUGAAAAUCUUGACACCGGGAAUGAAAAACUACAGAAAAUAGUAACAAAAGUAGCCGCUGUCAACAGCAGGAAAAGACGACGUGUACAAGAUGAGCAGCAGGCUGAUUCCGAAGGAUUUGGCGGAAUCACUGACAGAAUAGCGGCAGGUCACGACCGAGAAACAAAAGUACAACUUGCCACCGUAAAUGACAAAGGUGUCCUACAAAAUAUAAAACUAAUAGAAGAUAUUGUAGACGAAGAUAAAAUAAGACGUACCGAAGAAAAGCACGGUGCCAGUAACGAAAGUGAAGCCGAGGCUAAUGAAAUGACCGGUAAAGAUCGGGUAACUGGCGUACGAGACGACACGUCAGGCAUAUCGGAGGACGACGGAAGGAUCAGUGAAUUUCGCGGGAUUACUUGUAAAUUGGCCGCAGGUCACGAACCAGAAGCAAGACAACAACCGGCCAGCGUGAAUGACUCUGACAAAGUUGCUCUGCAAAAUAUAGAAAGUGAAAAAGAUACUGUAGACAAUGCGAAAACAACAGCAGCCAGACAUAAGCACGGUACGGGUAAUGAAUGUGAAGCCGAGGCUACGGACACAAACGGUAAAGAUGGGGAAACUGGCGAACGAGACGACAAAUCAGGCACAUCGGAGGAUGAGGGAAGGAUCAGUGAAAUAAAUGAAAAUCUCGACACCGGGAAUGAUAAACUACAGAGAAUAGCAACAGAAGUAGACGCUGUCGAUAGAAGGAAAAGAGGACCUGCAGAAGAUGAGCACCAGGCUGAUUACGAAAGAUUUAGCGGGAUCACUGACAGAAUGGUGACAGGUCACAACCCAGAAACAAAACAACCACCUGCCAACGUAAAUGACAAAGGUGCCCUACAAAAUAUAGAACUAGCGGAAGAUAUUGUAGACAAAGAGAAAACAAGACGUACCGAAGAUAAGCGUGGUGCCAGUAAUGAAAGUGAAUCCGAAGCUACGGAAAUGACCGGUGAAGAUCGGGUGACUGGCGUACGAGACGACAAGUCAGGCACGUCGGCGGAUAAGGGACGGAUCAGUGAAGAUCGCCCUGAUGAAACCAGACAGAUAUUGACGAGAUGCACCGAUCUUCAGCUGCACACAGUUAAGAAAAAUCUCCAGAAGCAACUGGAAUCGGCAAUUAAAUAUAUCGUGGAGAAUAUGAGUGAGUCGCUGUUAAGUGGAGGGCGGAUGGCAGACUUAAGCCUUGAGGAAAUCAGAACGUUGACCAGAAAUGACCGAAGUCCCGAUGCUUCGCAACAACUUUUGAAAUCAAUACUUGACAGAGACAUUUGGGAAUGUUGGAAGCUUCGGAAGUGCACCCUGCAUGACGUGAUACGUCAACACAGAUACAAUCUUCGAAGUCAGAGUAUGAAACUGAACUUGUCCAAUCCGCGUUUACUUUCUGAUAUCUACACUGAGCCAAGGAUUACCGUGACACAAUAUGAGCAUGAUGGUGCAACAGGAGAAAGUAAAAGGCAGGUUCGUGAAGUUGAGAUCCAUGAAAUACUGAAAAGAAGCAACAGCGAUACUGGUGAGACCAGCAUACGUGUCGUCUACGGGGCUACAGGGACUGGAAAGAAAACCUUAAUACAAAAGAUAAUCUAUGAUUGGGCCAUGGAAAUGAAAUAUGAAGAGUUCAGUUUUGUCUUUCAUUUCAAAAUUCAGAACUUAAAUGCAAUAAAAGGUAAAAUAACGUUAAGAGCAUUGAUGCUUGAAGCGUAUCCUUACUUGGAGAAUUAUCUCGAUCAUCUGUGGAAAGAACCCAAAAGGUUAUUAUUUAUAUUUGAUGAUUUGGAUCGAUUGUAUCGAUCCUUUAUUUUCUCCGAUAAUGAAAGACACCUCGAUCCACAAUACAUAUGUUCAGGAACAGAGUCUGUGCGUUUUGUGUCCGAUGUCCUACGCUGCCUUCUACGCGGAGACUUUCUGAGAGGCUGUUCGGUGCUGAUCACAACGCGGCAUUGGAACCAGGAGACUCUGCGUCAUGGAGCAAUAACAGAUUGUAAAUUCCAAGCAAUGGGAUUCACUUCUGAGAGAGUAAAAGACUACUUCGGCCGUUACCUCCACCAUAAGCAGUACAGAAACGAAAUUAUACAGUUGAUUGAGCAGAAUGAUAUCUUGCGGAACAUGUGCAGUAACCCGCUAUUUUGCGUCACCCUCGUCUCGUCACUGGAAUCUCAGCAACCACAAAGUGAGGAACAGACAACAAUGCCCGUCAUAAACCACACCCAGUUGCUCUUUGACUACGUCGCACCGCUUCUCCAGGAAUGCGGGUACGACAGGAACACAACUCAGAAGUGUCUACGUGAAGUUGGAAAAUUGGCCUACAGAGGAAUUCUAUGUAACACACUUUCGUUUGAAGUCAACGCAUUAAGGGAACUAAAUACUUGUCCUGCCAAUUUUACCACUGUGUUCAUGUUCCAGGAUCCAGACAAAGAGAGUCGUGGUUUUGUUUACGAAUUCACACACUAUGUUAUCCGAGACUUCCUUGCUGCACUUGCACACGUCUUAAAUACUCCAAUAUAUCGACUGAGAUUGAUACUCGAUGAAAUGUUUAUUGACAGUCUAGGCAAAUUCAGGACAUUUUUGCUUUUUCUUGUCGGUCUGUCUUCGCGGAAAUCAACAAAACGCCUGAAAUUGGAAUUGGGUUCGGUCCCUUCUGACGUCACUUUGUGUGUCUCGGAAUGGCUCACAAGAAGUGUUAAAAGACGCCUGAUGAACAUGGACCGGACACGUACCCAGAGCAUGUUUUUACACAUACUUUACUGUUUACUUGAAUUUGGAGACAAUAAAAUACUAACGGAAGCGCUGUCUGCCUUUACAACAAUUAAGUUAAAUCAACUUAUUCUCAAACCUCUCGACUGCACAGUCUUAUCCGAAACUUUAAUCUAUUCUGAGGUGAUUGAGGAGUUGGAUCUCAGUUCAAGCCUUGCGCAGCCACAGGAAAUACAGAAACUGGAACCCGUGCUGCACAGAUGUGUAAUUCUGAGAUUGAAUCAGAAUAACCUACAAGACUCUGGAGUGAAGCAGCUCGUCAAUACCCUGAAAAAAAGUGACUGUAAAAUACAGAGUUUGGAGCUAAAAUCCAACCACCUUACUGAUGAUAGUCUGGAUACACUUUUCUCCGCUCUCAGUACAAAUAGUUCGCUAACGGAGCUGAACCUGAGCAAUUCCAGCCAGGAUGGAAAACAUGCCAAUCAAUUCACUCAUGAAAAAAUGCAAUGUCUUGUUGAAAGAUACUCUCAGCAGAAAGACAUCAGAACUCCAGGGAAAUAUUCCACUCGAGAACAUUGCUGGUCAUUCUUACUGAGUCUGUACGUAGAUAACCACAGCACGUAAUCAGCAAGGGACGAUUAAAAAAGAUGCUGCCCGACCCGUGGAGAUUCACAAGCUGUAUUUGUUUUGUUCUCAUGAAAUAACGUCAGGUUAAAUAUCUGCCCAAUUGACAUCAGUACAUCACCUGCAGCAGCACGGGGUCCAACACUCGACCGUUGCUGCACUACCAUCAAGAAAUUCGUUCAUCCCCUAACUGCAUACUUGAAGAGACUAAAGACCAACGCACCAAAAAUGUUCACUUCAAAUUUCAGCUUCAGAAUAAGGAGCAUAUUUUUCACAUUGACACCUUAUGCUACAGGCGUAAUGUGAAUAAAAAACAUGUUUGUGGCCAUGUCACCGAUUGGGUAAAAGGCAUGCAAGCCUCACGAUACCUGGUAUAUCUCCCUGAGUAUUAUACGCCAAAAGAUUGAAUCCAUACCCGAAGGUUUAAUCCUGUCAUCGGCACUCCACCGCAGUCAACAUUUAGAUUCCGCAAGGCCGUGAAUCAAAUUGCUUUCCCAGGAAUGUGGAAGACCUGUUUUUUUUUUCCCCCGUAUUUUAUCUACUGUGUCGUCUUUCACUGACUGUCCUCUCUAUUGUGUUAGUAUGAGAUCAAAUGGCAUGAUGGCACUUCAUUACUGGGUAGUUUGUGUAAACGUGUAAUCUGUUUUAAUUCCAUUCUGAUCCUUUUUACUAUUUCUUCCGGAAGUAAAAUGCACAUUCUGACUCGCCUUGGUACUCCAAUGCAUUUUCGCGGCAGAUAGCUUUUCUGUAUCUGACUUAUAAUAUCGAGGGAUCAAAUUCUCUCUCUUAUUUAGCAGAUGUUUUUAUCAUGACGGGGGCGUUGGGAACGGACCCAAAUGCAAGAGACAGACACUGAAGUACAAGGAACAGGACUUGACUAGAGUAGGAACGUGACAGGGUACAGACAAGGAGCAGGGACAAGAAUGCAGACUUGGGCUAUGACAUGGACUAGACACAGGGAACCAGGACAAGGAACUAUGAACUAGGAGCCUGGGCUUAGACUCCGAACCAGAGACUGGACAAGGACCCAGAACAUGGGUCUUGCCUCGGGCUCAAACUCCAAAACUACGCGAGGACAUGACAUGGCUACCGGAGAGGACGUGGCUGGGGUUCUGGGUCCUGAACUUGGAGACAGGCUGGGCUCUUGGCUCCUGAACUUGGAGACAACCUGGCGUCUUGGCUCCUGAAUUUGGAGACAGGCUGGGGUCUCGGUUCCUGAACUUGGAGACAGGCCGGGGUCUUGAGGCUUGAGGAUGGGGGCCGGGAUCUUGA